AUGUUCUUGAAUUACCCAGAAUCUGGUAACUCUUUUUGCUCUCGCGCUCGGCUGCGUGUCAACCAGAACCCAUCACAAGAACUCGAGCUCCAGUGCCUGAGCAUGAGCAACCAAGCCGUGAAUUUCCCAGACCUCGAGUCUGCGGCGAUCGAGGACAAUUACCACAACGACGAUGAUAUGCGCCUCCUGAAGCGACUGCAGGGACGUUGGCGAAAGUUUCACCAACACUGGGACCUAGCAACGAAACAGGAGCUACUGAAGCUCAUUGAUAACGGGGAUAUCAAAACGAAUCCUACUAACCGCACUAUUCCCAGUGGACGCAAAUUUUGA